AUGGCCACCCACGCUGCCGUUCUUGCCAUCUACAUCUUCACUUUCCUGAUUGGUCUCCCUGCCAACCUCCUGUCCCUCUACACAUUUCUGGUGAAAGUCUGCAAGAAGCCAGUCCCCAUUGACAUCCUCCUGCUCAAUCUGACUUUAUCUGACAUCUUGCUUCUGGUCUUCCUGCCUCUCAAAAUGUCAGAAGCUGCCCACAAAAAUGAGUGGCAUUUCCCAGAGGUCCUCUGCGCUGUCACCAGCUGCACAUGCCACAGCAGCAUCUACAUCAGCACCCUUUUCCUCACAGCGAUCAGCGUGGACCGUUACUUAGGAGUUGCGUUUCCCAUCAAGUAUAAGUUGAACCGCAGGUCGGCCUAUGCAGUGGUGGCCAGCGUCUUCAUCUGGUCACUGGUCGGUUCCCACUGCAGCACCGUCUUUGUUCUGAGGUCCAUGCACAAUGACUCAAUGGAGACAUCACUGCGCCCUUCCAAUCAUGUGGUGUGCUAUAAGGAGUUCAACGAGCAGCAGAAAAAGAUCAUCUACCCCUUCCGGCUUGAACUCUGCCUCAUUCUCUUCUGCAUCCCUUUUGUAAUCACCUGUUUCUGCUACAUCAAAGUGCUCCGCAUUUUGGCCUCCCUGCCCAACGUCCAGCCCCGCAAGAAGCAAUGGUCCAUGGGCUUGGCUGUGGUCACCUUGCUCAAUUUUGUCAUUUGCUUCAGCCCCUUUAAUAUAUCCCACAUUUCUGGUUACCAUAAUUUGAAGGACCCUACAUGGAGAGAUUUUAGCUUUGCCCUCAGCUCCUUUAACACGUGCUUGGAUCCUUUCAUCUUCUUCUUCUCGUCCAACGCCAUGCGACGAAACGUCGCUGUUUGCUGGGCUGGCCUCUACCGCAGAGUCCGGCUCAUUCUACCACAGUGCUCUUUGCCCUGCUGCAAACGUCUCAGAGACACUGAUGAAGGAGCGGGAGGUGCUGGAUUAUCUUCUUCAAGCGGAUUAGGAGGGCCUAGUGUAGGCACGGAGUCCUCCUCUUGUGGCCAUGCUGCAAAGAGCUGUGAAGUCAGGGCACUGAACCCAGAGCAAGCAGCAGUGUACUCCAGCGUCACUGAAGGCCACGUUGCACAUUAG